AUGAGCUUCAUCCUCACCCUCUCCUGCCCCGACCGGCCCGGGAUCGUCAGCGCCGUGACGAAUUUCCUCGUGCAGCACAACCUCAACAUCAUCGACUCGUCCCAAUUCGGCGACCCUACCUCGCACCGCUUCUUCAUGCGCAUGCAUUUCGGCCCCGACACCACCGGCGCCAGCUCGAGCGAAGAGAAACCCGCCGCCUCCCUCGACCUGGAAUCCCUCCGCGCCGCCUUCGAACCCAUCGCGACCGCGCACUCCAUGUCCUUCCAGCUCUUCCCGGCCGACCACAAGCCGCGCGUGCUCAUCAUGGUCUCGAAAAUCGGGCACUGCCUCAACGACCUCCUCUUCCGCCAAUCGACCGGCCAGCUCGCGAUCGAAAUCCCGCUCAUCGUCUCGAACCACCCGGAUUUCGCGCCCCUUGCCGCAACAUACAAGAUCCCCUUUGUGCACCUCCCCGUCACGGCCGACACGAAGCCGCAGCAGGAAGGCAAGAUCCUCGAGCUGAUCAAGGAGCAUAAUGUUGAGCUUGUCGUGCUUGCGCGGUACAUGCAGGUUCUGUCGCCGACGCUGUGCGAGGCCAUGUCCGGGAAGAUUAUCAACAUCCACCACUCGUUCCUGCCGUCGUUCAAGGGCGCGAAGCCGUAUCAUCAGGCGUAUGAUCGUGGUGUGAAGCUUGUUGGUGCGACGGCGCAUUUCGUCACGAGCGAUUUGGAUGAGGGGCCGAUUAUCGAGCAGAAUGUUGUGCGCGUCGGGCAUGGGAUGAGUCCGAAGGAGCUGACGCAUGCGGGAAGUAACGUCGAGAGCAACGUACUGGGAUCUGCGGUUAAGUAUUUCGCGGAGCGGAGAGUGUUGCUCAAUGGGCAUAAGACUGUUGUCUUUAACUGA